UUGAUGGAAAACUACACCUACAACAGUUUCACACUCCAGGUGGAGGGGUUAAAGGUCACACAGACCACCAUGUACCCUGUCUUUUUUGCUUUCCUGCUCAACUAUUUGUUUGUUAUGAUACUGAAUGUGGGCAUCUUAAGUUUAAUUAUCAUCGACAGGAACCUUCACCAGCCGAUGUAUCUCCUAUUCUGCAACCUGUCAGUCAGUGACAUCGUAGGAAAUAGUCUUAUUGUCCCCAGGCUGCUCUCAGAUAUCCUGCGUCCUCCCUCUGAACGUCUCAUCAGUUAUUACGAGUGUGUGGUUCAAGCUUUCAUCAUACAAAUGUUUGGCACGACCACUCACACCGUGCUCAUGAUCAUGGCCUUUGACAGAUAUGUGGCCAUCUGUAACCCACUGCGCUACACUUCCAUCAUGACCAACAGAAUGGUGGUCAAGCUGUCGGCUUCUGCGUGGGGAGUGGCCCUGGUUUUGGUCGGGAUUCUGCUCGGUCUGACCAUCAGACUGAGCCGAUGCCGGACUCUGAUUAAAAGCCCCUACUGUGACAAUGCCUCGCUGUUUAAACUCUCCUGUGAGAGCGUCUACAUCAAUAACGUCUAUGGCCUUACGUUCACCGUGGUCUUGUGCACAUCUUCUAUAGGCAGCAUUGUUCUCACCUACACUAGGAUUCUGACCGUCUGUCUAACCAAUAAGAACAAGUCUCUGAGCAGUAAGGCCUUAAAAACCUGCAGCACUCAUUUAAUGGUUUAUCUACUCGUGAUCUUAAGUGGAAGCAUCCUCAUUAUUCUGCAUCGUUUCCCUCAGUAUUCAGACUACAGAAAACUGUCUGGCAUUCUCUUCAUCAUUGUCCCUGGAGGCCUGAACCCACUUAUUUAUGGUAUACAGUCCAAGGAGAUUAGACAAUUUUUAUCUGAUAAGUUUCAGUCUAAUAAAUGUUUGUCAUCAAAUAGAAAAUAA